GACAGCAGCCAGGCGGAGCGAGCAUGGCGGGGUCGGGGGCCGCUCGGCUGCCCCUUGUCCUGCAGCUCCUGAGCUCGGUGCUGGUCCUGGGAAUGCGCAGAGGCGGGGCCGUCUCCAGGGAGUCCCUGGGGCUCGCCGACAUCCAGGACCACCAGCAGCAGGCCUCGGCCCAGCCCCCAGCCGCUGCCCCUGCUGGUGCCCCCCAGGAGCAGGGGCGCCCCCUGAAGGAGUUGCUGAAAAGGCUGGAGGCUGAAGUGACACAGCUCAGAGAGCAGAACAAGGACCUGCAGCAGAGGGUGAGGCGGCUGGAGUCCUGUGAAUGCCGCCCAGCUCCUCCCCAGUGCUGGGGGCUGGGGAGGGCCUGGCCGGAGGGGGCUCGCUGGGAGCCUGACGCCUGCACUACCUGCCUCUGCCAGGAGGGGGCUGCGCUCUGUGCCCCCAAGCCUGGCCUGCCUCAGUGCCGCGGCUGCAGCCACAACGGGCAGGCCUACGGCAACGGGGAGACCUUCUCCCCCGACGCCUGCUCCACCUGCCGCUGCCUGGAAGGAGCUGUGACCUGUGCCCAGAGGCCAUGCCCAGGGGGACCCUGUCUGGAGCCAGGAGCAUGCUGCCCGCACUGCGAGCCAGGCUGCCCUGAAGGUCACAGGGCUGGGGAAGUGUGGCAACCUGAGCCCUGUGUCACCUGUACCUGCCAGGCAGGGACCGUGCGGUGCCAGGGGCCCUCAUGCCCCGAGCUCAACUGCCUGGAGAGCUACACCCCGCCCGGGGAGUGCUGCCCCGUCUGCCGGCCAGGCUGUGAGUACGAGGGGCAGCUUUAUGAGGAGGGGGCCAACUUCCUGUCUAGCUCCAAUCCUUGCCUCCAGUGCUCCUGCCUGAGGAGCCUGGUUCACUGCGUGCCCAUGGAGUGCCCGCCCAGCCCCUGCCCUGAGCCAGUUCUGAGGCCUGGCCGCUGCUGCCCAACCUGCCAAGGCUGUGUGGAAGGCAGCUCUCGCUGGGAGCACGGCCAAGAGUGGACUGCACCCGGGGACCCCUGCCAGAUCUGCCAGUGCCUGGAAGGCCAGGUGCAGUGCCGCCAGCGGGAAUGCUCCAGCCUGUGCCCGUACCCCGCCCGGCCCCUCCCGGGCACUUGCUGCCCCGUGUGCGAUGGCUGCUUCCUGAACGGGCGGGAGUACCGUAGCGGGGAGCCCGUGGGCUCCGGGGACCCUUGCGCCCACUGCCGUUGCGCUAACGGGAGCGUCCAGUGUGAGCCUCUGCCCUGCCCGGCUGUGCCCUGCCGACACCCAGGCAGGAUCCCUGGGCAGUGCUGCCCGGUCUGUGCCGGCUGUGAGUACCAGGGACACUACUACGAGAGCCAGGAGACCUUCAGACUCCAAGAGGGUGGCCGCUGCAUCCGCUGCUCCUGCCAGGCCGGUGAGGUCUCUUGUGAGGAGCAGGAGUGCCCGGUCGCCCCCUGCACCCUGCCAGACUCUGGCCCCCAGCUGUGCCCAGCCUGUGUGCUCGAUGGAGAGGAGUUUGCUGAGGGGGUCCAGUGGGAGCCCGACGAUCAGCCCUGCACAGCCUGCUCUUGUCAAGAGGGGGUGCCCGUGUGCGGGGCUGUGCCAUGCUCUGUAGCCCCCUGCCAGCACCCCACCCAGAUGCCCGGUGCCUGCUGCCCCAGCUGUGAGAGCUGCACCUACCGUGGCCACGUGUAUGCCAACGGGCAGAACUUCACGGACUCGGACAGCCCGUGUCACACCUGCCGCUGCGAGGAUGGGACCGUGAGGUGCUCCCUGGUUGACUGUCCGCCCACAACAUGUGCCAGGCCCCAGCGUGGACCUGGCCAGUGCUGCCCCAGGUGCCCAGACUGCACCCUGGAGGAACAGGUGUUUGUGGAUGGCGAGAGCUUCCCCCACCCUCGAGACCCCUGCCAGGAGUGCCGCUGUCAGGACGGCCUCGCCCGCUGCCAGCCCCGGCCCUGCCCCAGGGCCCCCUGCGCCCACCCGCUGCCUGGGCCCUGCUGUCUGAGUAACUGCAACGGCUGUGCCUUUGGCGGGAAAGAGUACCCCAGCGGAGCAGACUUCCCCCACCCCUCCGACCCCUGCCGCCUGUGUCACUGUCUGAGCGGCAACGUGCGGUGCCUGGCCCGCCGCUGCCCUCCGCUGCCCUGUGCAGAGCCGGUCCUGCUGCCGGGCGAGUGCUGCCGGCAGUGCCCAGCCUCCCCCUCCGGCUGCCCGAGGCCUGGGGACUUAGGCGCCGCGCGCCAGCAGGAGCACUUCUUCCCGCCCGGGGACCCCUGCCACCGCUGCCUCUGCCUGGACGGCUCGGUGUCCUGCCAGCGGUUGCCUUGCCCGCCCGCGCCCUGCGCCCACCCGCGCCAGGGACCCUGCUGCUCCUCCUGCGACGGCUGCCUGUACCAGGAGAAGGAGUUUGCCAACGGAGAGCGCUUCCCUUCGCCCACCCUGCCGUGCCACGUCUGCUUCUGCUGGGAGGGCAGCGUCAGCUGCGAGCCCAGGGCCUGCGCCCCUGCGCAGUGCCCCUUCCCCGCCAGGGGCGACUGCUGCCCCGCCUGUGACGGCUGUGAGUAUCUAGGGGAGUCCUACCUGAGCGGCCAGGAGUUCCCAGAUCCCCGAGAGCCCUGCAACCUGUGCACCUGCCUCGGAGGCUUCGUGACCUGCAGCCGCCGGCCCUGUGAGCCUCUGAGCUGCAGCCGCCCGCUCACCCCGUCCGGACACUGCUGUCCCGCCUGCCAGGGAUGCCUCUAUCAUGGGGUUGCUGCAGCCCCUGGAGAGACCCUUCCUGACCCGCUUGACCCCACCUGCUCCCUCUGCACCUGCCAGGACGGUUCCAUGCGCUGCCGGAAGAAGCCGUGCCCUCCAGCUCUCUGCCCCCGGCCCUCUCCGGGGCCCUGCUUCUGCCCCGUGUGCCACAGCUGCUUCUCUCAGGGCCGGGAGCACCAGGAUGGGGAGGAGUUUGAGGGGCCCCCAGGCAGCUGUGAGCGGUGUCGCUGUCAGGCCGGCCAGGUCAGCUGUGAACGGCUGCGGUGCCCACCCCUGCCCUGCCCGCUCCAGGUCACAGAGCAGGGGGGCUGCUGCCCUCGCUGCAGAGGCUGCCUGGCCCACGGGGAGGAGCACCCUGAAGGCAGCAGCUGGGCGCCCCCGGACAGCCCCUGCUCCUCCUGCCUGUGCCACGAGGGCACCGUCACCUGUGCACGCGUCCAGUGUGUCAUCUCCUGUGCCCAUCCCCACCAGGGGCCCGGUGACUGCUGCCCUCGAUGCUCCGACUGCGAGCACGAGGGUCGGAAGUACGAGCCCGGAGAGAGCUUCCAGCCGGGGGAAGACCCCUGUGAGGUGUGCUUCUGCGAGCUGCAGCCUGAGGGGCCUCCCAGCCUGCGCUGUCACCGUCGGCAGUGUCCCAGCCUGGUGGGCUGCCCCGCCAGCCAGCUCCUGCCCCCUGGGCCCCGGCAGUGCUGCCCCACCUGUGCCCAGGCUUUGAGUAACUGCACAGAGGGUCUUCUGGGGUCUGAGCUGGCCCCGCUGGACCCCUGCUACACCUGCCAGUGCCAGGACCUGACUUGGCUCUGCAUCCACCGAACCUGUCCUGAGCUCAGCUGCCCCCCAUCAGAGCGCCAUACCCGCCCUGGGAGCUGCUGCCCCACGUGCCGGGUCCUCUCAGCCCCCGCCCAGUCGUGCGCGCACCAGGGCCGACAGGUGGCCUCCGGGGAACGCUGGACCGUGGACGCCUGCACCAUUUGCUCCUGCGUGGCCGGCACCGUGCACUGCCAGAGGCAGCGCUGCUCGCCGCUCUCCUGUGGGCCUAACGAGGCCCCCGCCCUGAAUCCCGGCAGCUGCUGUCCCCGCUGCCUGCCGCGACCGGCUUCCUGCAUGGCCUUCGGAGACCCCCAUUACCGCACCUUCGACGGCCGCCUGCUGCACUUUCAGGGCAGCUGCAGCUACGUGCUGGCCAAGGACUGCCGUGGAGAGGACUUCAGUGUGCACGUGACUAACAGUGACCGGGGUCGGAGCGGUGUGGCCUGGACCCAGGAGGUGGCGGUGCUGCUGGGAGAGGUGGCCGUGAGGCUGCUGCAGGGCGGGACUGUCACGGUGGACGGGCACCAGGUGGCCUUGCCCUACCUGCGAGAGCCGCUGCUGUACUUGGAGCUGCGGGGACGCACCGUGAUGUUGCACGCCCAGCCGGGGCUCCAGGUGCUGUGGGACGGGCAGUCCCAGGUGGAGGUGAGCGUGCCUGGCUCCUACCGGGGCCGGAUGUGCGGGCUCUGCGGGAAUUUCAAUGGCUUUGCCCAGGAUGACCUGCAGGGCCCUGAGGGGCUGCUCCUACCCACUGAGGCUGCAUUUGGGAAUAGCUGGCAGGUCCCAGAGGGGCGGGGACCCGGUCGGCCCUGUUCCGAGGGCCGCGAGGUGGAUCCUUGCCGAGCAGCAGGCUACCGAGCCAGGCGCGAGGCCAAUGGCCGGUGCGGCGUGCUGAAGUCCGCCCCGUUCACUCGCUGCCACGCCGUGGUGCCACCGGAGCCCUUCUUUGCCGCCUGUGUUUACGACCUGUGUGCCUGUGGCCUUGGCUCCUCGGCUGACGCCUGCCUCUGUGAUGUCCUGGAAGCCUAUGCCAGCCACUGUCGCCAGGCAGGGGUGACACCUGCCUGGCGGGGCCCCGCGCUCUGUGUGGUGGGCUGUGCCCUGGACCGUGGCUUCGUGUUCGACGAGUGUGGCCCGCCCUGCCCGCGCACCUGCUUCAACCGGCACGUGCCCCUGGGCGAGCUGGCCGCCCACUGCGUGAGGCCCUGCGUUCCCGGCUGCCAGUGCCCCGCCGGCCUGGUGGAGCACGAGGCCCACUGUAUCCCGCCUGAGGCCUGCCCCCCAGUCCUGCUCAGCGGGGACCAGCCUGCCAGCGAUCAUCUGCUCGGCCCCAGCCAGGAGCCCAGGGGGGCGCCCUGACCCAGGAUGACACCGACCAGGACUCAUCAGACCAGAAGCCUCUCUUUGGAGAGCAGCUCCCGGGCUGGCUGGGGCUUCUUCCGAGAGAGCGCGCCCUGCUGGCAGCGGGAGCCUGGGCCUGCGUCCCGCAGAGCCCCCGGCCUCAUGGAGUGAGAAGCAGUAAACUCGGGGCCUGUUCCAAGGCUGCCUUGUGUGUGCGCGUGUGCUUCCUCCCGGCGGGGGUGGGGGGGGGGGCGUGAAGCCAGCGUCCCCCGUCAGAGCCGGUGUCCCCACUCAGCUCUGGGCCUCACCCGCUCCUCUGCCUACAUCCCUGGGCUGCCCCGCCUGCCCCGCCCUGGGGCUGCCCCACGUGGUGUCCUCUGCAGGUCCACGAGGAACCCCGCGGGGCUCGGGGUGCUCAGAGAAUAGGCUUGCUGCCCACAUGCAUCCCCUUUCUCUCCGUUUAGGGAUGCCAAGGACUCAGGGGCCCCUGGGCCACUCUGAGCGCUGCUGGUACAGGGACCCUGUGCCUGGGGUGGGGCCCAGGGCCGUGAGGAAGUACAGACACACACGUGUGUGUACAUACCCCACACACGUGUGCAUUAACUGCCACAUCUGCCCCCUGGGGGGAGUGUGGGCAGGGCACACACAUGCAACUUUCAAAGACAUCCUCACAGGGGAAAGAACAUGGGUUUUGAAACAGAAAAAGUCCAUUUCUGUCCUGACCGGUGUGGCUCAGUUGGGUGGGUGUCAUCCUGCAAAGUGAAGGGUUGGCGGUUCUAUUCCUGGUCGGGGCACAUGCUCGGGUUGCGGGUUCGGUCACCAGGUGGGGUGCACGCGGGAGGCAGCCGAUCGAUGUUUCUCUCUCGCAUCGAUGUUUGUCCCCCUCUCUUCUGCCCUCCCCUUCCCUCUCUCUGAAAGUAAAUAAAAUAUUUCUCAAAAAAGAAAAA